UAUUUUUUAUUACUCUCAGGAAGUCAUACUGUACCUCCUUAUUGGCUUUGUGGUAGUCCAUCUUGAUGUGAGCGGUUUUAUAACCUUCCCAGGCGUCGGUGCGGAGGUGUUUAUGUCGAGGGGUGAAGCAGCUUUCAGAUUUCAUGGCAGAGGUCUUGUCAGAGUGAACUAGGAGCCUGUUAGUGUCUUUGUCUCCAUCUGCUUCUUUGCCUUUGACAAAGCGUGGUGUCCCUGUCAGGGUUAUUGUUAUGAAGUUUGUUGUGCACUUCCGGCUAUCGUGAGUUGUUUAUCCCGGGACAUGCCAAGAGGGCAGCAAUGGAAGGAAUGCGUGUAUUGAUGGCUGCUUGUCAUGCAGCUGGCGAAAUGCUGCUCUGUGCCACCAUUCUCUGUAUUCCCAUUGUGGUAGCCGUUACGACAGUAGCGCCCCCUAGCGACAGCUGCGAAGAGACCUUCACUAAAAGCUUGUUCGAAUGUUUCACCAACUCGUCCGUCCCGUUCAACACCUACCUGUGGGCUGUCAGCAACGGCAGUGGAGGUAUACCUCCUGACAACCGCACCGUCUUCAGAGAACACAUGUGCAGUGUGGAGGAAACAGUGGUCACCUGCUGUCUCGACUCGCUGCACGCGCUGGUCAACAGUUCCCGAUGCCGCACGGUGAAGGGUCUGGAUGAGCUGCUGACAUCGCAGGUCAAGACAAUAUUUGAAGAGUACGACAACUACUGCGCCCACGAGUGUCGUUUGACGCUGGAAAACAAUAUGAGAAAAUGCUACUCCAAUUUCGGCCUGGACCCCGCACUAUUCUUGCCCAAAUCUGCCGAUGGUGCAAUACUGGGGAAAAGUCAUUAUGAUGUGGAUCUCUUCUGUAGCAAGCAAGAGGUGCUGGUGGCGUGCAUCACCAACGAGACGCAAGCCUGUCCAGAAGCCGACCGCGUGCUGCGAAACCUCGGCCUGGACCUCGGCGUGAUGGCGAAAGGUCUUCGGCUUCUUUGCCAGCGACAAGAAGACUAUCUGCACAGUCUCGACUGCUUCUCCACACAAACCCGUGCAGUGGAGAAAUGUUUAGAAGACAGUGCGCAGUCUCUGACUCGGCUGUACACACGUGCGAGGUCCGAACCGGAUCUGACGCAAGAAAAGUUCAUCAGUGGUUUCUGCCUUGACCGCGUAUCGUUCGUGAAGUGUGACCUGACCGCCUGGUCCGAGAAGGACCGCCGACAGUGCGACCUGCCAGCCCUGACUCUGAAGAGAGACGUGCACUGCGUUCAGAUUCCUGAGGUCUGCAAACAGAUUCUUCGCCAGCCUGUCGAACAGCUCUGUACCUGGACAUGGGCGGCUCCCCCACCCCAGCAAAUCGCUAAAGGAGAUGCGCAAUCCGAGACUAUGGGUGUUCUUGUGAUGAUCACAUUAAUGACAGUGGUGCAGCUUAUCUGGUCUUGUGUUUAAUAAACAUUAUAUUUCAAACAACUACAAAAAA